CCGUAGAUAUACAUAAAUUUCAAGAACUCAAGAAAUAAACCUAUCUUGUUAGCUAGCAGUUUCUAGUUCGUAAAUAUUUUGCAGGUCAGCUGAAAUGUCUUCCCAAGAACAUACCUACAGAGCUGGUGAGACCAAGGGCCGUACUGAGGAGAAGGCGGGACAAGCAACGGAAGGGGUGAAGGAGAAGGCUUCGGGCAUGGCGCAAUCCACCAAGGAGACGGCGGGGACAGCCAAAGACAAGAGUUCGGGGAUGGCGGAGACCGCGAAAGAGAAGGCGGAGAGGGCGGCGCAGGCAACGAGGGAGAAGGCGGGGGAGAUGACGGAGUCGGCAAAAGAGACGGCGGAGGCCGGGAAGCAGAAGACGGGCGGGGUGAUGCAGAAGACGGGGGAGCAAGUGAAGAAUGUGGCGCAAGGGGCAACUGAUGCGGUCAAACAUGCCUUUGGAAUGGCUGGGGAGGAAGAAGAGAAGCGAUCCGGUCAUCCCAGCCGCUAGGCUCGGACCUUCUUUAAGGUGUUAAGUUAAUGAAGGUCAUCAUCAUCGACAAAACAAUCUUCCUAUCUGUAGCGCGCUUAGCCAGUGUAUUGUUUUCAUUUGCUGGAAUAUAAUCCUUUUCCUUUUUAAUUACUCCUACCUUAGCUUGCUAAUAAUCAAUGUAUUAGUAGUAACAAUAAUAAAGGAAGAACAAUAAUGAUAUGCACCUAGUUUCAUUCACUUUGGAUCUUUUAUAAGAGAUGUGUGUCAAUUUUUG